AUGAAGCAGCUAAGGGCUGAUUUCGAUGACGAAUUUGUUAAGGCAAUCACAGGAAGAGGGGAGUACAAAAUGAAUUAUCCGCACCUUGCCCUAAGUGUAGAUCAGUGGUUUAAGAUGACGGUGAAGCAAAGGGAAACGUACGUGAAGAAGAUGCGACGAAUGUCCAUGGCAGAAGUGUUGCAGGGGGAGAGCAGAGCUAUUGGACAUGUGGCGCCUGUUGGUCCUUUGUCUGCUUCUUGGGAAAUGCUUGACAUUCCUCUUGAUGAUGUCAUAUUGAGGAACAUAUGGGAGAAGGCGGCCAAGAUAGUUUCCUCCCCUGGUGCAGUUCAAUGUGCUCCUUUCUUUCCGGGCAAGCAAGCCGAAGACUGUGAUACAUUCUUAGUCAUAAGUGAGAGUAGCAGUGAGAACUUUCACACAGUGAAGUGUAGCAGCAGUGUCAGUGGUGUUGUCAAAUGUUCCUGUCCAGGCUUCAAAUCGCUUGGAGUUUGUUCGCAUGCCGUAGCAGUCGCUGAAAAGCAAGGCCUCCUAUCCAAAUAUCUGAACUUUUAUAAACAGAGCAAGGUUCUUAAUAUUACCACCAUAAACAUGGCAGGAAAGCAAGACCCCAACGUGGGAAGGAAGAAAAACAAUCCUCGAAAGCGUUUUAAGGGACCAACACCUCACAGCGAUGUCACUAUUACAUGUGAAAAUGUCUUUGGUGUGAGUGCUAAGCAGCCACAACGACAACCACAACAACAUCAGAUGUUAUCUCUACCUCCACCUCCCCCAAGUGCUUCUUUAUCAAUUGGCAACAUCCAACUUCCAGCACGUACUGUUUCUGAGUGUGUCUUCUCACAUGGUGGCUCUUGUUCAUCUAUGCAGUCAUUGGCAUCAAAUCCAGUUCCAAGACCUGGAUUGAGUGUUUCAUCACUCCCUCAGCCGACAAGUAACCCCACUGAUGGACCAUUCUCAUUUUUGGCUGAACUUCUGAACGAUAAUCCUGCACCAUUCACUUCACCUGAAUGUGAACCUCCUGCACUUGGUUCCCACGGUUUAGAGAACGUAGAUAUGCCUAUGGACGUGCCACUUCAAUCAUCUCUAGACGUACCGGUCAAAGUUAAUGCGUGGAUAACAGCCAUGCCUUCAACUGGUGGAAGAGACGGUGGAAUUCACAGUUAUGGCUCCCGAGGUUUGCAGAACCCCAACAAUGUAUCACUGAUGUCAUCUCCACACACACCCGCAACAGGUAAUACCCGCAUGGCAACCGGUAUGAGGGGACCCAAGCCAGCCAUGCCCUCACCUAAUGUCCCAUAUCAAGUGGCAACGAUUUGGGGAAAUGUAAGAAAAUGCUACGGCUGUAAACAACACUUCCUGCCAGCAACGCCCCCUGAUGACCAUUACAUCCUUGUUAGACCUGAGGCUGACUGGUACUGGGAGAAGCAAAACAUGCAGUGGCGACUUGGACGGAAAUCAAACCGCUACUACCACAUGUCCCCCCAUUGUAUUAGAAGAAACUUUCCACGUUUUUCAUUUGCACAUGUUGUCGUUCCAGCUGAACUGCCAAAACCGAUAAAGGAUAUAUUGCAAUACAGGUUCACUCAAUCCUGCUGA